AGUUUCGCCCCGGACUGAGCUCUGUGAAGUUUAGUGGGACACAGUGGAGACCUGGAACAGCAUGAACACCCCCUCUGAGCUGGAAUAGAGACAAAGAUGAGCGGUGUGACGGACUGGGCAGAGGACGCAGACAGCGCUGCGCAGGACGAGGUGCGCUCUCCGCCCUGGACAGAGGAGCGCUGUGAGGAGCUGUGGGACCGGGUGGAGGGCGUACGACACAAACUCACCCGCAUCCUCCAUCCGGCCAAACUCACUCCAUAUCUGCGCCAGUGCAAAGUCAUCGACGAGGAAGAUGAAGACGAGGUGCUCAACUCCACACAGUACCCCCUGCGCAUCAGUAAGGCAGGACGUCUGCUGGACAUCCUGCGAGGUCAAGGUCAAAGAGGUCUGCAGGCUUUUAUGGAGUCGCUGGAGUUUUAUCACCCGGAGCAGUACACACAGCUGACAGGGGAGAAGCCCAUGCAGCGCUGCUCUCUCAUUCUGGAUGAGGAGGGUCCUGAGGGGCUGACGCAGUUUUUGCUUUUGGAAGUGAAAAAGUUGCGUGAACAGCUCAAAAACAGUCGUCUGUGCGAGCGUCGUCUGUCCCAGCGCUGUCGUAUGGCCGAGGAGGAGCGGAGUCGCGCCGAGAGGAAGGCCCACGAGCUACGCCACGACAGACUGCAGCUCGAGAGGUUGCGUCAGGACUGGGAGUCGGCGAGCCGGGAGCUGGGGAAACUGAAGGACAGACUUUUGGAGCAGGCUGUGAAGUAUUCCAGAGCAUUAGAGGACCAAGGAAAAGCCACUCAUCGAGAGAGAGAGCUGCUCAGGCAGGUGGAAGAGCUGAAGUCAAGACUGAAUGAAGCAGAUAAAUUGUCAACGGAGGCCGAUCCUGUGACUUUAUCGUCCAAAAACAGUUUGAUGAUCAGUAGUUCACAGCCGCCUCCACCUGCUCUGCCAGAGAAACCUCUGAAAUGUGUCAAACCAGACGCCACAGUCAACGGGACCCGGGAUUCAGGGGUAAUCGCUCUGAUGGACAUCCUGCAGCAGGACCGCAGAGAGGCAGCAGAGGAGAGACAGGAGCUGUGUGACAUGAUCACUGCUCUACAGGAGGAGGCGCAGAGGUGUGAGGAGCAGAUGGGCCGGCUGGAGGCGCAGUGUGCACAGCUCCAACUGAAGGUCAGCACUCUGCAGCUGGACUGGGAGACGGAGCAGAAGAGGAGUGUGUCCUACUUCAACCAGAUCAUGGAGCUGGAGAAGGAGAGGGACCAGGCCCUAAGAAGCAGGGACAGUUUGCAGCUGGAGUACACAGAGUGUCUCCUGGAUAAGAACCGUCUGAGGAAGAGAAUCGCGGAGCUGCAGGCCAGUAUGGAGCAGCAGCAGAGGGAGCUGGAGCGAGAGCGAGAGCAGAUGGACCAGAGCACGUCCUGUCUGCACUGUUCUCAUUUGUCUCUGUGGAGUGAGGACCAGUGCUACGGCCCCUGCUGCUCCCUGGACCUGAGCCCCCAGCACAACAACAACAACAACCUGCUGCUGCCAAAGACACACCCAAAAAGAAGAACAAAGGAAAACUCCACAGAUUCUCAUUCCACCUCUGAGGAAAACCUCUUGAUUUCUGCGGAAAACAGUGAAAAGGAGAUAAAUCGCCUCUCAACGUUCCCUUUCCCUCCUUGUUUAGACUCCAUCAACAGACGGUUCAACGCAGAGUUUGACUUGGAUUCUUGGGGCAGUGACGAGAAUGAAAACAUCGCUGGUGAACAAAGUGAACUGUGUUUGUGGGACUCGUUGACCUCGUUACAGUCUCAGCCCUGUCCCUCUGAUCUGACCAAAUCUCACAAACCCACUGACCAAAAUACGUCAAGUAUAUCCUCGCUCACUCCACCUUCCAGCCCGUCGACCUCUCCCGAACACAGAAAAGCCAGUCUCGCCGAUGACAUCACAAUAGUGGGAGGAAACCGCACCGGGAUCUUUGUGAGCCACGUGAAGCCCGGGUCUGCGGCCGAAAACUGUGGACUGACACCGGGCUGUGAGCUGCUGGAGCUGGAGCGUGUGCUGUUUGGCGAGGGCAGUGUGCAGCUGACCCAGUGCACUGCAGAGGUAGCACACUUUUCUCUUCAGUGGUGGACAGAACCUUCUUCACUUAAACAUCGGAGCAACGCGGAGGCCUAUGCCCAACUCUGCUCCCAGAUCAAAUCUUCUUCUUUCAUGGGGGCAGACUCAUUCUAUGUUCGUGUGAAUCUCACUAUGGAGCCGCGCGGGGAUCCUCCGUCACUGGGAGUGUCUUGUGAUGACAUCAUACACGUCACAGACACCAGACUGAACGGCAAGUAUCACUGGCGCUGUUGGCGAGUCGACCCAAACACCGCCAAGCCCCUGCAGGCAGGGACCAUGCCAAACUACAACAGGGCUCAACAGUUGCUACUUGUGAGGUUAAGAAAACUGGCACUUGAACAAAAAGACUUCAAGGCGAAAAUGUUCUCGAAGAAAUCAGCAGGACGUGUGCGCCUCGUUAAAGCUGUGGAUCCGAGCUUUCGUGGCAUUGACUCUGGUCAACAGGUUUUCUACACUCUCAGUAAACGUCAUGAGGAGCAUCUGAUUCCAUACAGUUUAGUGAAGCCGCUGCAGGUUCAAACUAAAAGACCAGUGAUUUUCUCUCCGUCUCUUCUGUCUCGGGGGCUUAUCGAGAGACUGAUGCAGCCUGCAGACUCCAGUCUGAACUUCAGCACCUGCCCCACAGAACAUAUCCCCGUUUCAGAACGAGGAGACAGACAGGUGUUCUUGUUAGAUUCGUACGCUCCAGAGCAGGCUCUGGGUGUGAGAGUGCAGUCUAUACAGGACAUAAUCAGCCAGGGUAAACACUGUUUGUUGGAGCUGGGGCUGUCCAGUGUUGAAGGCCUGUUGAGAACGGGAAUAUACCCUAUUGUCAUCCACAUUUGCCCAAAGAGCAAAAAACACAAAAAACUAAGGCAGUUUUUUCCUCGAUGUGUGGAGGACGGAGCAAUGGAGGAGGUGUGUCAUGCUGAAGAGCUGCAGUUAGAGACGCUGCCUCUGCUUUAUCACACUCUGGAGCCAAACACUUGGAGCUGCACAGAGGAGCUGCUGUCGUCGUUACGUAACGCCAUCCACAGCCAACAGAGUGCAGUAGCCUGGGUCGAACUGGACCGGCUGCAAUAAUGCACCAGACAUGGAUCUAUACGACAUACCAUGUUAAAUAAUACAUAGUUAUUAUUAUUACUCCAACCACAGCACCACAGUGACAGAAUGUCAGACCUGUGAACAUUUAGUGAAAGUAAACUGUGAUGAUAUUAAUACUUUUGCACUGUGUUUAUAUUUACAUAGUGAGUGUAUUUUCCAGGGAGCUCAGGCACAAUCAAAGACUCUGUACCUGUAAAAUAAUCAGGAGAACAUGACAUUUUAAAUUAUUUCUUUGGUUUGUGUCAGUAUUUGUGUUUAAAGAAACAUAAUUAUUGACUUUUAAUAAAAACUUUUCAAUAAAGUUGAAGCGUAAACAUC